AUGCCCUUCUACCAACCCCAUCUCCUCAGCACCUUUGAAACCAUGCCAACACCCUCCAAGACAACUCAAGUCCCAUACAAAUACUUUGCAUUUCGGUACGACCAUCUCGCUUCCAGAAAGGACUACCACGCCUGCAUGCUCGUCCCGGGCGCAGACAAAGUCUACGUAAUCCGCAUCUUCCUCUUAGAAUUCGCAUAUCCAGCCUCAAACCCGAACCCAAUCUACCAACAGCAAAUAUACUCCUUCGCCAACGGCGGCCAACUAGUGACAGACAUGGCUAUCAUCGAACAUAAGUUCGAUCCAUACAAUGUGGCUGAUUUCAAGGCUGGUUUUGCGAAUUUGUAUGGGAUCGAGUAUUACGAGGAGAUACGGGAGUUUCCGAAGAUGAUAACAGAUUGCGAAUAUUCACGCGGACCUGUUACUAUGGGUGAUUUGGGUGCGCAUAUGCGUGUGAAGAUGGAUCGGGAUCGGUAUCUAGGUUGGCGAGGAUGGUGCUUGAGCGUUGGGUUGGGGUGA